AUGGGUAAUUUUAAUGAUGGACUUAAAGCCAAAGCACCAAUAACAACUAGUGCUCUGAAAACCCUGUGCACAUCAAAGAGGACAAGGAAUAAAUGUUCCCUAAAACAAGAUAUUGUCACAUCUACUGUUGCUGCAGUGAUCCUUCACAGUCGUUGUCCUGAAAUGUCUGCAGUUGCAUACAGACUUGGUUUUAUAUGCAGGCAUUCUGGAGCUGGAACCAUGGUAUGUUGUUGUGUUUGUUGGUGCGAAUUUUGAAACACAACACAAACAUAUUUUGUAUAGUAUCCAAGCAAAAGAAAACAACAAAAUAAAGCUCUGCUCGCAAGAUACGUUUUGGGACCAGCUGGUCAAAAGGCGACUAGCAUUAACACAGGGUUAAUAAAGUUAACCAGCUUUUCAACAACCAACCCAUGUUAAAUCACCAAACUAUUAUGCUAAUUUAUAUUUUAUAUAUCUAUUUAUUUAUAAGGGUUUAGACACAUUAUACAUACAUGGACUGACUGUUGCCCCAGUUACACUUAGAAAGAAAGCCAGUCAGCUUGGUGCUAUUUGUGAGCAGCAGGUCCAGGAAUGGAAAAAAACGUGAAAAUACUAAGCAAGAUGAGACAUGCCUAGUUGUGCUCAAAGAUGAACUUCUUUCAUGCAAUUACCUUACACAUGCUCCCACUAUCAGUGACAUGACAAAUCACACAAGUACUGGUGUUGAACAGGAAAACAGCAAUCAAUGCAACGUAAACCAUGCCACCAAUACUGAGGAGUUCCAAACAAUUGAUAUGAGUGAACUGUACUUUUCUUUUCACUGUCCAGAGACUGUUAUGUAUAACAUAUCUGCCAAUUUAAGGAAGCAAGGGGUUGAAAGAGACAUCAUGUUGAAUGUUUUUGACAAUUUGAAACAGUUUGGAAAUUCUGAUGAUGCAAACUUACUAGAUGUAGUCAACAGAUAUCAUCAGCAAGCAACAUCGCCUGUUUCUUAUCAGAUUGUUGGCGACAAUGUGGAUUUAGAGGUUAAAGUUCGACAUAUGACCAAAGACAACAAAAACAAAUCAUUCCACUGCUUUAACCUGGUUGCUUUUGAAGAUCAAGUUUCAGGAAGUAAAUUGCCAAACAAAUAUGAAGUUAAAUUAGCUGAUGUUCCAAUCUCAGAUUUUAUUCCAUCUAAUUCCGACAUUAUCAAGCUGAAGCAAGAUUAUAUAGUACUAUGGUCAAGAGUCAUUGUUAAGUAUCUCAAGCAGUUUUCCUUCUUACGAAGUGCCAUCAUCAAGCACAUUCCUCAUGAUUACAGUGAAAUUAUGGCCAAACCAGUUGCUGAGGUAUAUUGUGAUGACACAUUGACACUCAAAUUAGUAUCGAGUGUAAUAUAGUUUUCCCAUUGAAAAAAAUCAUUACCAGUAGGAUAUACCCACAGGGUACAGAGCACCUGCACAAGAUGUUAUAACCUUGUUAUUCUUUUUUAAUAAUUUGGUUGUAAUAAUCUGGCUCUGAUCACAUAGUAAAUGGUAGCUAAAAUUUCAAAUUGUAAAUAAAAAUCAUUUUCAUGUUAAGAUACCUCUUGGUGUGAUCCCAAAAAAUGAAAGCAAAAACGAAGACAUGGUGGACAUUCUUGAAGUUAUCCAAGAUAAGUAUGUUCCAUAUCAUUAA